AUGCUAGAACAUCAGUACACAAAGAUGAGGGUUACAGCCACCAUUACAAGAAAUGUUAUUUGGAACCCUCCCAUAUCCAUUUUUGUUAAAAUAAAUGUUGAUGGUGCAUGGAAACCAUCAGGCAAUGCUGGUUUAGGUGUUGUCAUUCGGGAUUGUAGAGGGAUGUUAUUGGGAAGGAAACACUGCCAUAUUCUCAAAUCAUCUAUUGAGGAAAUUGAGGCAGAGGCUGCACUUGUAGGGCUGGUAUUAGCUAAUGACAUGGGCCUGGAAAACAUCAUGGUUGAAAGUGAUUCCAAAGUUUUUGUGGAUAGUGUCAAAAAGAAGUCAAUUAGAAGCAUGUGGAGAAUUUACCCCAUCAUGGAGGAGAUAUGGAGAUUAUUUUCAUCUUUCACUCAAGUUCGGUGGAAACAGAUUCAUAGAGAAACAAACAAAGCAGCACAUGAAGCAGCUAGUUAUAGUAUCGAUAGGGUGUGCAGUCAACAGUGGGCCACGCAGCCUUAUCCCUCUCUGGUUUUGAUUUUGUCAAAGGACGGGUUACCAUGUCCACCGAGGAACGUAAAUCAAUGUUAA